GUCAGAUUCUGCGUUAUUUCAACUGUCAAAUUGCACACGAAGCCACGAAGCUACAAGCGAUCUGAGAAAAAUUUUGGAUAAAUUUUACAAUUAUUUAGUAAAAAUGAACGUGUUGCCUGCGCAACCGAUUGGUAUCCAAAGUACAGCUGGGGCUGUACCUGUACGAAAUGAAAAAGGUGAAAUAUCUAUGCAAAAGGUGAAAGUACAAAGGUACAUAUCUGGAAAGAAACCUGAGUAUGCACAGAGCGUAUCAUCACCUGAGGAGUCAGAAGAUGAAGACUUCAUAGAGCAACAGAGGCCCGAGCGCAAGCAAGUGUUGCCACAAGUGAUCACUAGAAAGGAAGAAGUUCAUAGCGAUUCUGAUAAGGAAAUUGAUGACCCCCGUCUCCGUCGUUUGCGCAAUGCAGCACACUCGCCGCCGCGUCGCACGGAGCACAAGCCAGAAAUCAUUGACGCUGAGCCUGAACCCCUAUCAGAGGACAGUGUCAACGAGGCUAAGGACAGUUCAGAGAGUGAGGAUGAACUUGAUGAGGAAGAGAUUGAGAGACGCAGACAGGCACUUAAGGCUAAACUUGCUGCUAGGGAAGCUGAGAAAGAGGUGCUUGGCAGAGAUGAAGAUGAGGAAAUGUUGGAUGGCGUUAAAGAGGAAAGUGGGUCAUCCGAUACAGAAUAUACGGACAGUGAAGAGGACACAGGUCCCAGGGUGAAACCAGUAUUUGUGAGGGCCUCAGAGAGAAUGACGGUGGCAGAGAGGGAACGAAAAAUAAAACAACAGAAAAAGGAGGAGUCAGAAGCAAGAAAGGAAAAAGAAGAGAGGAGGCGUGAGGCUCUAAAACUAGUUGAAGAUACAAUUCGAUCUGAACAGAGAAAUACACAGGGAGAGCAAAAAGAGGGCAACAUCAAUGAUGUGUGCACAGAUGAUGAAAACGAUGAGCUCGAGUACGAGGCGUGGAAGCUGCGCGAAAUGAAGAGGAUCAAACGUGACAAGGAGGAAAGGGAAGCUGCUGAGAAGGAGUUGUUGGCUAUUGAGCGGCUAAGAAACAUGAGUGAAGAGGAGAGACGCUUGGAACAACGCCUCAACCCUAAGGUUGUUACCAACAAGGCUGUUAAGGGCAAAUAUAAGUUCCUGCAGAAAUAUUAUCACAGAGGUGCUUUCUAUUUGGAUCGGGAGGAAGAAGUGUUCAAACAAGACUUUUCAGGCCCCACUCUGGAUGAUCACUUCGACAAGACUGUACUGCCAAAGGUAAUGCAAGUCAAGAAAUUCGGUCGUUCAGGCCGCACCAAGUACACACAUUUGGUUGAUCAAGAUACAACAGAGUUUGACUCAGCUUGGAGCAACGAGGGGUCAGCAUCAAGGCUGGCUAACUUCAGGGGCGGUAUGAAGCAAGUUUUCGAGAAGCCGUCAGCUAAAAGAAAACAUAAUGUAUGAUGUUUAUCUCCCGCAAGGAAGGAGAGGACUUCCCAUAAAAAGGUUCUUUAGAACAGGACCUGGUACUAGUGAAGAGUUAAAUGUAAUGGACGAUUUAAAUAUUAAUUUAUGUGUGUGCGUUGUGGUGAUGUUGAUGUAUUUUUAUUUGUAAGAUAUGAUGUAAACUAGGUUAGUGCUGUAUUAUACGAUGAUAUUAAUGAAUACAUAUAUCCGUUCAAAAAGAAGCCUAAAUGUCUUUAAUCAUAAUAAUAUUACACAGGAAAGUUUUGUAUCCCCAUGGCAGAAUACCAAAACAAAUCAAUGAGAAAGUUAAUUUUCAACAGUUAGCACAUUUGGGUCAUACCAUCUUUAUUUGGUCGACAUACUUCAAUUUACUUGGCUUUACGUACAUUGAAGUUAGUAACAUUUUUCGACCAGAAUAAAAAAAAUAUAUAAGAUUUUUAAUUUGUUAUAAUGGCAAUCUGGGGAUAUGUGGGUUUUGUGCCUCAACAAAGUAUAGUUGUACAAAACUAGUCCUUAUGGGUUACUAUUGUUCUUUAAAUAUGUAACAAUUUCAAGCAAUGAAGUAUAAUAAAUAUGUCAGUAUAUGAAA